AUGACUGGCAGGUUGUCACACGUUGGCAUGCUCCCGACGUUGGCCUGCCAGCCCGGUGGCUUGCCAGCGAUAGCACCACCACCGGGUCAUCAUCAUCCGGAGCAGCAUUCGCAGUUGGGUCACGUGGCCGCCGCCGCCGCCGCCGCCGCUGCCGCCGCCUCGAUGGGCAUGGAGUCCUCGGAAUUAAUGGCGGUGGCUCAUUAUCAAGCGCAGCAAUUGCAACGACAGUUGUUGGCCGAGCAGUCGGGUCCGGGCACUGCAAUGCUGCCGCCUACGUCUGCUCAACCUACUGGUGGAGGUUUGAUGCAGCCGCAGGGGCUCCAAGGGCAACAGCAACCAGGCCAACUCCAGCCAGGCCAGGACCCGCUACAGAGCUUGGUGCAGCAACUGCUCUGUCUACAGCAGAUAGAGUAUUUCCUCGCGCAGCGCGGUCACAAAUGAUUAUAUUUUAACAGAACGUAAUUAACGGUCAUUUUGCGCGGAAAAAUGAGAGGAUCGGACCAAAAAACGACGUUUAGAACUCUUGAUGUGAGCAGGAAACGUGGUUUGUGCUGGCGCAAAAGUGCUCCGAUUCACCGAUAGGUAAAUUUUACGCCAGAUUGUACGACCCGCUGAUGUCGUUGUUGGUGCUGCGAUACUGUCGAGGAUGAAAACGAGGACGGAUAAUACGCGGCGGUAUCUGCUCGAGUUUUUAUGGUUUUUCUAAUUCUCGAACGGAGGGGAGGUGACGCGCGGUGUUUCCGAAUCCGGCACGACACAGGAAGAUUGCUAAGAAACUGGAUGACGAGGUCUACAAAUAGGAGAAAGUGAGAAUGGCGGUCGCAUCCGUUUAUUGUGUGGAUCGCUAUAUCGCUUCGAAGCACCGUGCGGACAGAUGACGAUCUCUAGGAUAGAGGAGAUCGAAUGUUUUAGUGUGUGAUACAAAAACUUUAUGUCAAAAAUUAUGUUAAAUAUAAAAGAUGGAACGAUGUAACUGGGCGGUUGAAGAAUAUUGCUUGCAGAUGAAGAAGAUGACAAAGCAAGCAAAAGGAAUAUUAACGCCACGUUACGCGUCAGAGACGAUUGUUCGCUCUGAUGCGAUCUGUGAAUGAAUCUCUAUCCGUCAACAGUAUUGAUAUAAUUAAUAGAGUAAAUGAAUAUAUAUAUAUAUAUAAAUAUAUAUAUAAAAUAUUGUAAGAACUAUAUCGUAAGUACGUAUUUGUGCAAACGUCGGUGUGCAAGUUAGGCAGAAUGCGUGUUGUGACAGUAAAUUCGGGGUAUAUGGAAGAGAAAACGAGAGAGAAAGAGACCUAUGAAUGCAAGAGGGUAUGAAUGAGUAAAACGGAGACAGAGAAAAAGUGAAGAGGAAAAAGUGAUAGAGUCAACUUCGACUUGAAGAUUUUUAAGCGCGGGGACCGAACACUAUUGCGCAGCCUCGUUGAUUGUCCCGAAGACUCCUUAUAGAAUUUUAUCCUUUAUUACUACUAUAUAUAAUAAUAAUUAUUUGAUGAACCACGGGAAGAAUAUUUUGCACACUAAAUAUAAGAGAGACUUCGUUCCAAAGGUUCAAACCACGGUUGGAAUAUAAGAAUAAAGCUUUCUUUUAAAAUUGAGACGAGAUGCGGAAUCGAUCCCCACGGUGCAGGAAAGAAAAAAAA